GGUGUCUGUCAUAUUGAUAUGUGAAUCUUUCUCAAUGUUUUUAGAGCUAGCUGGAAGCAUUUUUAACCAGUUUCUAACAGUGGAAUCCAAGAAAGAGCAGCUGACAAUCUCAAGCUGCUGGCAUCAUUUAUCGUUGAAAAUUCACUCAUGUCUACUACUUUGCACUCUAGCGGCCAAAAUCGGAAUAUCUUCUUAGUUCACGCGCAACAUAAGCCGCAGCAGUUUCAUGUUUUAUGUAACCACUUCAUAACGGUACUGUCUUCCACCUGAUAAUUUGACAACGAGGUCGAAGAAAUUUACAAGCUUUUGGUUCAAUAAUUUGCUGCGGCCACUGCACAUUCUCUACUUCUAUCAUCUGGCUAUUCAAGGAAUAAAAAGCUGCUCCUGAACGAAAAUGAAUCCGCAACCAGAUGGUUUGGCCUCGCAGGAGCCGCAGACUGCAUCAAACAAGUCAGCAUCAGAAUCAGAGUAUGUUUUUACCCAGACCUCUGUUUUGAGUACACUUGAUCGAAAGGUCUUGAACAAGGGCCUUCGAACGCAAUGGAGAUUUUUCUCCGAAGACGAUAAAAUGUUUGGCUCGUUGGAUAUUCGAGGCGGUUAUGUCGCUCAUGAUAUGGGAAACUGGCGCCAAAAUGUUUCAUCGUCUAGCCCUAAAGACAUCCUGAAUUUGAAGCGAAGUCUAGCUGCAAAAGUAUUUCACUUCUGGGAGAAAAAUCCAGACCCAGCAUGGAUUCCGGGCGCAAAAGAAGAACAAGCAUUCGUAGAGGCUUACGAGAAUAUGGUUAAAGUUAUGCAAGACACACCUGCAGAAGAAGCCGACAAAUAUUCGACUUAUAUGGAGCAUCGUUUGCGCUUGGCAACUUCAAAUGAUGGCGGAAAGACUCUUGGUCCUCUUUUACAUGAAGUACUUUCGAAUAAAGUAAGCAACCCUGAAAUGGAAAUUGCCGCUUUUCAAGCAGCACAAGCCCUAUACCCUGAAACAUAUGUCAAGCUCGAUGCCAAAAGUUCCAUGGACGUCGACUAUUCUCAAAAUGAAACCUGGAAGAAUUCGAGUAAAGUGGCAGUAAGGAGUUUAGACGGCAGAAGCCUUGCGCUAUUUACAAAUCAAUCUUUGGGCAAGAGAAAGAGAACUUCUGUCGACGAAGACGAUGGUGAUAUGAAAUUGGAGGGCAACGGCAGUAAUAAAAGUCUUAAUACUGUAACAGCCGGUAGCUCUGGUGUCCAUACCAAACCGCUUCAAGAUUGGAAGUCCCAAUUUCAAUCGAUCUUGAAGCAAGAUAUCGAGAAUUGGACAGUGCGAGCAGACAAACACCUGGCAAAGCAAUCGCAACUUUUUCAAAAGAGGAAGAAGCUCUAUAGUUGGAUGAAACCUGGAAAAGAUGAAUAUGAUACAGAAGCCUCGGAGAAAGGCGAUGCAGAAACGUCCACACCUUUCGGCACUCAAACCUCUGGUCUUCGUACUUCUCGACUGCGCACUUUCGACGCUGGAAAGUUAAACACUCGAAGUCCUAGAAUCUGCGCCUGGGAUAAUUACCCUGAGUUUGAGUUGUCAGAUUUCACAACACCGCUCACUUUACUCAGCCAGCCGAACAAGAGAAGAAAAAUGACAGAAGCAGAGGUCGAGGGGCAAGAUGCUAAAUUUACACUUGAUAUUAGUGGGCCGGAUUGGGUACGAAAAUGGUGAUAGACUGGAGGCAUAUUAUGAAUGGGGAUUUCACCGCAAAGCGGGCACUGAAAGAUUUCUUUCCUUUCUGUAUUCCGCUGUGAAUAAUUUGGGGUAAAAGUUUCGUAGGUUAGGAAUUUGAGUACGUUAGUGACACCACAUCAAUAGCGAAAUAAAAGUAUGUUCUA